GCAGCGUCAGGCACUUGUGACUUUGAAGGAGGUCUGUGCGGAUAUGAGCAUGAUCCGAACGCUGAGUUUCAAUGGAGCAACAACACUGGGUCUACCUAUAGCCCGUUCACUGGACCCUCGGGAGAUCAUUCAACAGGAACAGGUCAACUGUAAUCAACAUGCCCACUUUUUCUAGUGUAUAUAAAAGCUCAAAAUGAAACUGGCUUCAGAAAUACAGGCAAAAUGAUGUGCCAAUCCACGCGUUAUGCCUGGAAUUUCAGGGAAACAUGUUUGUUCAUACAUAGGAUUCUAACCAUGUAAUUAAGGUAAUUCAAGACAGUCUUCGAUUCUGGAUUCAAGAUUCAUUGUCAGUAAAACUUGGAUUCCGGAUUCCCUUAAAUAUAGAACAUAUACAUAACAAGCACAGCCUUUUUGCACCAAAGAAGACCUUCCCGAAUGCGUGACGAAUCCAGUAAAUUUCAUGGAGUUUACGUUUUGUGAAGUUUUUUCUCUGCCAUUUAACUCUCGAGUACUUAUGUUAAAUUAAUAAACUACUAAAUUUUAUAAAAUAAACCAUAUUCUUCGGGUUAUUCGUUAAUUUUAAUUAAUUUUAACCUUUUCAAUAUUAACAAAAGUUGGCUUUUUAUCUUUUUUUGCAAUCAGGAUCGUAUAUGUACAUCGAGACAUCUUACCCGCGUUUAAACCGAGAAGCUGCGCGCUUAAUUAGUCCCGAGAUCUCCAAUGCUGACGGAAACUGUCUCAGUUUCUACUUUCACAUGCAUGGCCACAAUAUCCGGCAGCUUUCAGUAUAUUCACAGACCCAUAGCGGUUCUAGAACUCUUCUCUGGCGCAAGCAAGGGAGGCUGGGAAAUGACUGGCAUUUUGGUUCUGUUUCAUUAAACAUACCCAAAGAUUCAACCAUAAAGGUGAUGUAUCUAUACCGAAAAUGAAAGUCGAGCAUUUUUAAAGCGUUGCUCAAGUAGUCUAUUUCACUCGUGCGCGGCAUUUUGGGGGAAACGCACAAUAAAGAUUCACAUGGUACGGAGUUCUCGAUUUUUUCAAGCUGCGAAAAAAGGCGGACAAAAUUUACAAAUAGAUUGCAGGUUAGCCUGUUCCAGACGCUGAGUUAGGGGACGGCGCAGAGAGAAAAGAGGCGAAAAGCAGCGAGGCGGGGUGGAUUUUUUAUUAGUUUUGUGCCACACUUGCAUGGAAUUGGCAAAGUCGAGUGAAUAUGGUGAUAUUUAAAUGAACAGGCCAGAAAAGCAACUAUGUAUUAAGAAAAACAAUAAGAAAGUACUGACAAAUCAGUCAAAUCAUUGCAUUAAGGUGGCUGAACAGUUUUGCAGGCGGUCAACGCAAGCACGUGUCUUAAAUUAAACAAACAAACAUGGCGGUGAAAAAGGCAAUGUUACACAGAAGAAGAUCUCUCAAAAUCUACUCAUUAAAAUUUUGUGAUCUUUGGUAGAAUUUCUACUUUUAUCGCAUUUUAAAUAAUGAGAACUUUAAAAUGAAAGUUGAGCAGACGAAUUUUGUAACACAUUUAAUAAUAACAGUACAAUUAUAUUAUUGAUUAUCUAAAAACCCGUCUGUUAAAAUUUGGUCAAAUAAGUUUCAAGUGACAGUAAGCUGUGUGCAAGUUUACAGGAAAAUCUAAUGAAAGAAUUUUAUGUAAGCUAAGCAAAAGUGAAACUUUAAGGUUGCAUUCAAUCGUUUAUCUUGCCAUGGAAACUACGAAAACGUCAAAUUUUACCUGUCAACCAUAAGCUUUCAUCAGUAAAUUUUUCACCUGCCAAGUUUCAGCUUGUAAGCUGAAACCUUUCUCUUGCCGUGAUUUGGCAAAUGACAUAUACUCAGAAACUGCCAAAACAGUGUUUAGCCACCUUAAAGGGGAGUAUUCUCUGUACAAACGCAUGCUCUGAGACUCUGUUACCACCAAGAUUUCUAUCUUGUGAUUUAUGAUAAGCAUUACCAGGAAAAGGAAUAAGGUCUAUGGGUAAUGGUUUGAACCUAGAGGCCCAUGUCAUAAGUAGGUGAAAAGUGAUCCUCCAGGCAAGAGUAUUACUGAAUAGGACAAUCUGUGCGGUAGUCAUCUUCAGAUUCAGUCACUGUUAACAACACUCCUAAUUCUCGAAAGAAGAUAUCCCACCUACUUAUGACACUUGUCAUGGCUGAUUAAAAGGGUAGGACUGAAGCUGCCAGAUCAUCAAUUGAAAGGUUUUGACAUACUUCGAUACCUGAGCAUGGUAUUUAUAGCACAAUUUAUCUCUUUCACAAUAAAGGUUGAGAGUAUCUUGUGUUCAUUUGAAUAUCGAGAGUUCCUUGGCUUUGGUUAAGCCACAAAAAUUUAAUAAUGGGCAACAAAAAAAUAUAAAAGGAAUGGAAUAAUAAUAAUAAUAAUAAUAAUAAUAAUAAUAAUAAUAAUAAUAAUAAUAAUAAUAAUAAUAAUAAUAAUAAUAAUGAUCAUGAUAAUGAUCAAAAUAAAGCGAUCCUGAUAACCUUUUAAGCAUCGGGAACUAAGUUAAGAACAAAUUAAAAAUGAGAGAAACCUUUAAUAAUUCAUAAGGUUGGACGCAUAGUAAGUCGGUAUAACCUAUGACUGGCAACCUUGAAACUUCAACCAACUAAUGUGUUGUUGAACAAACAGGUCGUGUUCGAGGGAUUGGCUGGCACGAGCUAUAUGGGCGAUAUAGCCCUUGAUGACGUAAUGGUGUUCAAGGAUAGCAAUUGUGGGUUAAACCCAAGUUCAGCACAGCCAAGCUCACCACAACCAACACCCAUCCCCACGCCCCCAAGUAAGUUGCGAUGCUGACUUAAAUUCUUUUCAGUCUGCUCGAUAUAACGUAACAGUCACGUGAAGUUUCAAUCGAUAGGCACCCAAUCCAUUAACUUCAAUUCGCUACGUUUCCUGGAUAAAGUUAAACGUUUUGAAAAAUUUCUAAUUAAUACCUUACACGAACCGCUACUCGCCUUACAAUACAUAACUCAGUCAACCUAGGAGACUUAAACGAAACCCAGCUAAAGUACUAGUCAAACCCCGCUUUACGAACACCCGCUUAAUACGGACACCUGAUUAUUACAGACAGUUUCAUUUGUCCUUGAGGAAAGAAAGCCCGUACAUUUUCCCUACAUUUAACCCGCUUAAUAUGGACACCUCGUUAAUACGGACACUUUCCAUGGCCCCUACAGUGUCCGUAUUAAUAAGGUUUGACUGUGGAAGAGCGCAAAACCGUCCUUUGCAUGAGUAGAGAUCUUAGAAAAAAGAUUUGAACCUGAUGCUACUCAGCGAAAGAACCUUAAAAGGGCCUUGUUUAAACGUCGCAUUUCGCAUGCGCCGAAUCUAAUGCAAAUGAGCAACAACAAUAGAUUUUCCUGACAGCAAUAUGUUUGAACCGGAUCUUAGUUCUGCUCAUGUGAUGACCUGAUUACGUUUCUUUCUAUAUCAAGCUGUUCACUCUUGUGGAUUCAAACCCCAUACUCGAAUUGUGGGCGGCACCGUGGCGAUUCCAAACUCUUGGCCGUGGCAGGCAAUGCUCAUGUACCAGAAGAGCAAAGGGGAAUGGAAGCAGUUUUGCGGAGGAUCCCUCGUAACCCUUGAAUGGGUGUUGACCGCUGCCCACUGCGUAGUCGAUAUCAGAGAAGAAGAUUACGGUACUCACAUGGUCAGGUAGUAAGAUUUCAAAACGUUUCUUAACUGAGAAUCCUUGAAAAUAAAGUCUGACUUUCACGCAUUGUUAAAAUUUUGAAUCGAUCCACUGCCACUUAGUUAUUGCUUUCAGAUGUCAAAGAGAACUCUUGGGAGUAUCUCCAACGCCACUUUCAAAUACAAUAUCAUAAUAGAAUUUUAACUUUUCAUAUAGUAACCGGACUUGAAGNCACUCUUGUGGAUUCAAACCCCAUACUCGAAUUGUGGGCGGCACCGUGGCGAUUCCAAACUCUUGGCCGUGGCAGGCAAUGCUCAUGUACCAGAAGAGCAAAGGGGAAUGGAAGCAGUUUUGCGGAGGAUCCCUCGUAACCCUUGAAUGGGUGUUGACCGCUGCCCACUGCGUAGUCGAUAUCAGAGAAGAAGAUUACGGUACUCACAUGGUCAGGUAGUAAGAUUUCAAAACGUUUCUUAACUGAGAAUCCUUGAAAAUAAAGUCUGACUUUCACGCAUUGUUAAAAUUUUGAAUCGAUCCACUGCCACUUAGUUAUUGCUUUCAGAUGUCAAAGAGAACUCUUGGGAGUAUCUCCAACGCCACUUUCAAAUACAAUAUCAUAAUAGAAUUUUAACUUUUCAUAUAGUAACCGGACUUGAAGCAAAUGUUGAUUAUAGGAUCUAUUUCUCUUUUUCACAGGAUGGGUGCGCAUUAUAAAAAUACCUCACUUUUGACUGGCUCUGAGCAAGACUUUGGAAUAAAAAAGAUCUAUUUCCAUCAAGAAUACAACAGCUUGGCCCGUUACAAUUUUGACAUUGCCCUUAUUCGCUUGGACCGACCUGCCAUUAUUCAAGACGGUGUAGGUCUGGUAUGUCUUCCUGACGACAAUAUUAGCUUUCCCCCCGGAUCUGAAUGUUGGAUAACCGGCUGGGGAACACUAAAACCAGGGGGACCAUCACCAGACGAACUCCAGCAGGCCAAGGUCCCUUUGGUAUCGAAUCAAAAUUGUACCAAGAAUGGCUCGUAUCCAGCGCACCAGAUUACCCGCGAGAUGCUAUGCGCAGGGUUUCCAGAGGGAGGUAUAGAUGCUUGCCAGGGUGACUCAGGUGGACCACUAGUGUGCGAGGAUAACGGCAAAUGGUAUCUUGUGGGAGAUACUAGCUGGGGCAAGAGCUGUGCUGAGCCAAACUAUUAUGGGAUUUACGCCAGAGUGGCGCUUCUUAAGGAUUGGGUCUUCCAUGUGAUGGCCCAUCCGGAUAGUUAUUCUCAGUGA